AUGGCGCCAUCUAUUGGCGAAAAUGGUAGAAGGACAUUUAGUCAGGAGACGACGACGACGAUGACGUUUCUUACGCAAUGCAAGGAAUAUGCCGAACUGGUUUAUGAAACCGAGAAUUCGCCAGUUUUACGCAUCACCGCUGGCUCGAACAAAAUUUCCCGUUGUGCAAUCAUCGAAACACCUCUGAUCGUCGGUGGAGUUCGAGCAAAGCCCGCGGAAUUUCCUCAUAUGGCAGUGAUCGGUUAUGGUAAAAACGAGGCCAUUAUUUGGCAAUGCGGUGGAAGCGUUAUCUCUGAGAAUUUUAUUCUGACAGCAGCACAUUGCGGGGUAUCUCCGAACAAUGGUCCCGCGACAAAAGUGCGAGUCGGCUUGAUUGAUUUAUCAGCUCCCGGCGACUCUAUGCAGGAAAGAAAUAUUGCAAAAAGUAUAAAGCAUCCGGAUUAUAAACAUGCGAUCAACUACCACGACAUAGCGCUGUUUAAACUUGAUCAACCAUUAAAUCUAAACUCUCAAGUGCGUCCUGCGUGUCUUGAAGUAGACACACAAAUACAAGUAAAAAGCGUCAUCGCUUCUGGAUUUGGAAAAACUUCUUACGAAGCUGACACCGGCAGCAACGAACUAAUGAAAGUUCAGUUGAAUUAUAUACCUGAGAACGACUGUAAAAAAAGUUUCGCCGAAGACCUCGGUUCUCAAGGCUUACCUCAAGGUUUUAUACCAAAUCUACUUUGUGCCGGCAUAAUGGAAGGUGGUAAAGAUACCUGUCAGGGUGAUAGCGGCGGUCCUUUACAAAGAGUUCUUGCGAAACCUUAUUGCAUGUACAGCAUUGUGGGUGUGACGAGUUUCGGCAAGUUUUGUGCUUUUAAAUCUAUGCCUGCGAUUUAUACUAAAGUUAGUACAUAUCUUGAUUGGAUUGAGAAUAUUGUUUGGCCAUAA